AUGGCAACGAAACUCUCGGUCGCUGCAGCGUUGGUCGACGAUGAAUCAACGGUGUUGCUGGACAAAAGCGUCAUGGCGGCGAUGGGCGUCCAACACGGCAACGUGUUGCUGCUAACGCACGGAGGAAGGAAAACUGUAGUCAUCGCGCGCCUGGACGAAAGUGAUGAAGCGCAGUCAGAGGCGGCACGCUUGAGCACAAUAAUGCGGCGCAAUCUCCGCUUGGACAUCGACAACGAGGUCGCACUAGUCCUUGGGGGCGAUGUGCCCGACGGGAAGUCCAUCCGCGUCCUCCCCAUCGACGACACUGUGGACGGAGUUACGCUGGACGAGAAAUUGUUCGACAACUACGUGGAGCCACACUUCGCGGGUUCCUUUCGUCGUCCCGUUCACUCGGGCGACUUCUUCCUCGUACGCAGCCUCGUUAGUGGAGAACCAGACGUCGAGUUCGUCGUUGUCGAGACUGACCCCAAGCCGUACUGCAUCGUGGGGCCCAAGACCGAAAUCUUCUACAACGGAUCACCAGCGUCUCGCGAGGACGUCCUGUGA